ACUAAGUGCACCUUUAAGCAAUUGUAAUUUAAGCUUUUAAUUGUCUUUGAAAAGGCUUUUAACCUUAAGGGUAUUAGGACCAUGUAGUCAUGCCUGUUUGUGGUGUCAUUCUCCACCUUCCCAACCUUCCCUGUGGGGGAGCAGAAGUCAGAGCAGCUGAGCCAAUGGGAAACAGAUAAUUCAGUCAGCAGAAGUCAGAAAUGUUGAAAAACCUGUACUGACAGUCAGGGUGAGUUCCCUGACACCAGAUCCACUCACAGAAACUGGCUUGCAUUGUGGCGAAGCUAAUGAAACUGCUCAGCCCCUCUCAUGGUCAUCUGCUGAGUUUACUGAAUGCAUUUCUAAUAUAGACCCUUUCUUUUAAAGACGUCAGACAUGGGGACUUACUCAGACCAGAAGGAAGGGUACAUGCAAAAUGGGCAUUCACCAAACGGCAAGACAUCAGCCUUCAUUCCAGAUAUGGAGCUCAGGGAAGAAUGGCAGGAUGAGGAAUUUCCCAGGCCCCUUCCUGAGGACUCACAGUGUCCUGGUGAUGAAGAGGAAAGCCCUGGAGCUGAGGGAAACAGACCUGACCCACCGACCAGUCUAGCUCUAACAGGUGAUACUGUUAGAAAGAAGCGAUUAGUGGCACCUACUCUUAGUCUAACGCUGGACAAAACCUCUACCGACCGGAGCAUGAAAUCAGACGAGUUUGAUGCCUCCGCCCUUUCACCAUCUGUUGAUGAUGACCUAGAGAUGGACAUUAACCUGGAGGCCUUAGAGACGCCCUCAGACAGCGAGUCUUGCAACUUUCCAGACAGCAUGCAUGACUUGGAAUGGGAAGAUGAUCUUCCCAGAAUGGGCAAGGCAGCAAUCAGAAAAGCCAGUUUGCUUGAGAAUGCAGAGAUGGGACACUUAGAAUUGGAUCAGGUGGAUAACUAUGGUCGCCGAUGGAGACGAUUCCAUAUUGGUGGGAUGGACUACCAAGUCAACAUGAGCGUUCUGGAGCCUUAUCUCCAAGUUCUCUCCCAUGGAGGUUAUUAUGAGGAUGGAUCGACAGCCAUCAUCAUGUUUACCUCCUGUUACCUACCAGAAACUACAUCAGAACACUAUGAGUAUGUGAUGGACAAUCUUUUCAGGUACAUCAUUGGCACGUUGGACUUGAUGGUGUCUGAGAAUUACAUAUUGAUCUACCUGUGUGGAAUGGCUCCUCGCAAUAAGAUGCCUGGCAUUAAGUGGCUCAGACAGUGUUACAUGUCCAUUGACAGAAGGUUAAGGAAACACCUAAAAGGGCUUUUUGUGGUUCACCCUGCCUGGUACGUGAGAGCUUUAAUCACCGUCAUCAAACCAUUCAUCAGUUCCAUUAUAGCUAGAAUGGUACAGAAGCUAAAGCAGAAGAAAGAGACAAAGAAAGACUUUUUCUUUUUUGUUGAGAAAUUUAGCAGGAAGAUGCGCUUCAUUCACAGCUUGCAGGAACUGGCAGAGUUCGUUCCUGUGGACCAGUUGCAAAUCCCAGACUGCAUCAGAGAGUAUGAUGAGCGGAUGAACAGAUGAAUGUGUCCAAUGGAAAUGCAGAGGUGUACAUACUAUACAGACGACACAUUGGGGUGAUGUGCAUAUGCUGGGAAACUGAACUGGCUGAGGUUACAGGUCAUGUGUUAGGGCAUAUGCUCUAAUGACAGAAAAACGGCUUACUACCUGACUACUCUUUGAUGAAAUACAAAAAGACAGCUGUCCUUUUGAGAGACACAUUUGUGUAAAGUCACUGAGGUGAGUCAGGAGACCUUUGCAUUGAGCAACAUGACAUUUUUUUUACGUCAUUUUAUUUUAUCUGUUACACUGAAACAUUUAAUGUUUUCCUGGACUGUAGAAAAUAUGACAAAAUGCACCCUUCAUUUAUAUUUAAAUAAAUGUAAAUAUUCUGACAAGCUACUAAAGUUAAACUUAGUUACUAAAGUUACAUGCAUAACCAGGCCAAAUUGGAGAAAUAUUUUAAUUAAGGUUACCAUCAAAAUACACAUUUUCAUUUUGGACUUGGCCACACCAGACUAGUAUACAAAAUAGUAUGGGAAAAACAAAAUAUUAAUUUAAAUUAGGUUUCACUUUGUGUUGUUUUAUGGUUCUAUUUUUACAAUGUACCAUUGUACAGUAAGUAUAAUGCUUUAUCAGAAACUGAAUUCAUGUGAACCAUGAUUUAUAUACACACACACACACACACACACACACACACACACACACACACACACACACAACCCUAAUUCCAAAAAAGUUGGGACAGUAUGAAAAAUGCUAAUAAAAACAAAAAGGACUGAUUUGUAAAUUAUAUUCACCCUUUGCUAAAUUGAAAACAACAACUACACAUUAUAUGAUGUUUUACCUUGUGAAUUUCUUUGUUUUUUUUUAAUGUACAGUAAUUUCAAAUCAGAUGAUUGCAACAUGCUCCAAAAAAGUUGAAAAAACAGCCUAGUCCUUCAAGUGCAAGGAUCAUUCAAGACUUGUCAAUUUGCCAACAGAUGCUUCAGCAAAUAAUCCAGCACUUUGAGAGCAAUGUUCCCCAAAGACAAAUUGGAAAGAUUUUGGGCAUUUCACCCUCUGCAGUGCACAAUAUAGUUAAAUGAUUCAAGAUGUGUAAAGGUCAAGACGAAAACCACUUCUGAAUGUGCAUGAUCUCUGAUCCCUUAGACAUCACUGCCUUAAAAAACAUCAUUCAUCUGUAAUAGAUAUCAUGAAUAUGGGCUUGGGAUUACUUUAGUAAACCUUUGUUAGUCAAUACCACUCACCGCUGCAUCCACAGAUGCAAGUUAAAGUCCCUCUCCAGUCACUGGUUUUACCCCUAAAAACUAAUCUUUAAUUAAAAUUACAUAUUUAAAAGUUUUUUCCCAUGAAAAUAAUCCCUUCAUGCCUUAAAGGGCUUAGAAAUAACUCUACAGCUUUGUCUCAUUUAGUAUGCACAGAUCUAUGAAUAUGCAAAUUAGUCCCCACCUCUAUCUCCACUCACCCCUGCACCGUUCGCCUGCAGCCCGGGCUCGCUGAGUCCCCAGGAUUGUUGGUGCCAGAUGGGCUGGUUUGAGUAUUUCUGUAAUUGCUGAUCUCUGGGGAUUUUCACACACAACAGUCUCUAGAAUUUACUCCGAAUGGUGCCAAAAACUAAAAACAUCCAGUGAGCGGCAGUUCUGUGGACGGAAAUGCCUUGUUGAUGAGAGAGGUCAAUAGAGAAUGGCCAGACUGGUUCGAACUGACAAAGUCUACGGUAACUCGGAUGACCGCUCUGUACAAUUGUGGUGAGAAGAAUAACAUCUCCGAAUGCUAUUGGCAUUCGUGUUGGUGCCCUUUUGGCAGCAUGAGGGGGACCUACACAAUAUUAGGCAGGUGGUUUUAAUGUUGUGGCAAAACCCAUCUGUUUUUGGGUAAAAUUUUCAAAACGGGUCUCUGGAAAAUGACUACUGCAAACCUGAGUUUUCUCUGGAAGUUUUGCUGGGACAUUACGAUUUUUCCAAAUAAACUACACCAAUUUAUCUCAGAUUUUCAGAUCCUUUGGAAAUACAUGAAGGCGCCACCAUUCGUCUUUUCACAACUUUGCUUCCGAAAACAGAACAUGUCUUGCAAAAUACCAAUAUGUAGCUACUCCUUCUCAGGCUUCUCCUGAUACCUCUUGCUUUGCCGCAGCGUAUGCUAGUGAUCAGUGGUGGGCUGUGCAUUUAAAGUCCAGGCCUUCAGUGUGAUUCAUGCCAUUAUGAAAACAGUUUCACAAAGAAUAAGACACCCUAUGCCUUUGGGCAUCAUACAUUAUGUUGCAGCUAACUAGUAAUACCAAUCAACAUUUUAAAUACACGUCCACGCAUGAAAGCCAGAACUUGAAACGACACUUAAUGCUCAAGCAAGCCUAAUUUUAACUGCAGCAUGACUGUUUUGUGAAUUGAACAUCUCCCGAACAGACAUUCAAAAAUCAUUUUUCAUAUGAAUCUACUAAAGAGGUCUAUAAUACCUGGAAAAAUCUAUCUAAUAAUAUUUGCGAUUUAAAUGUUGCAUGGUUAUGCUGCGUUCCAUUCAAGUUGGAUGUGGGAUAUUCCUACUUGAUAUCUCCGACCAUAAAUGCAUUCCAUUCCCCGAUAUUCGGAACUGCAAUGCUCCCGUUAGCUUAGCAGGGGUUUGACUCUCAUCAGAGAUGUCUCCUAGCAACCCAACUGAUAAACAAGGCUGCAGCACUAGCAUUUGUGCUUCAGGUGUAUGAUUAUCAAAAGAGAUUAUAAUGUUUUAUACACCUGUUUCUGCAGAUGUUUGUUAAACAAGCUUUAAUAUCAUGUCAUGUGGAAAUGAACUCCUUUAUCGAUAUUACUUAAAGUGAAUGUUUAUCACUUACUUUGUAUAUCUCCCUGAGUGUCGACAUGUUUGUGUGACGAGCUUUUCGCUCUUGAAUUAUGUACAUCACUUAAAGCGUGAUUGCGUCACUCAAGGCCAGCUAGAAGGCCUCGACCGGGACAUAUCCUGAAGAUCACAUCCACCAAGAACAAAUCAAUCAGUCUGAUUGGCUGAUGAAUUUGACAAUCUGACAUUAGUCGCUCAUUCACUUGCACUGUUGAGGGAUUCUGUGGAAAUUCUAAAGGCCUGAGGGGGUGGAGCUCAAACUCACGCGCUGCUUCGGGCAUGCGAUUUGUGAAACAGUUGUCACACUUUGCUUGUAAGCAUCAAAGAAUAAAUUCUGACUGGAUAAACGUUUCGUUUUUCUCUAUUUGUUUGUAGAUUAAUUAAGAGUGGAAAGCAAUUAAAAAUGCAUAGGCAAAAAGGUGAUUGAGAAUGAAAGGAUGAAAAAUAUUUAUUUAUUUGGCAUGUUAGGCCAACAGAGAAGGCUUUGCUGGCCCUGAGAAAUCGCCACUGCUACUGAUAUGGAAAGCCCCACCCCAUAAGUUGAUGGGAUUGGUUCCUAUGAAACCCUGGCUGUCUGAAUCAGUGUCUUUGAUUGUCUUUGGUAGACUGCAGUUCCAAGAUGAAAAUGCUCAGCCAUGGCGUUGACUGACAUGGUAUGUCUUCUAGCAUAUAAAAACACCAUAUGGACAUGUAAAAAAGAUUAAUAACUUGAUUUUCACUGGAGAGGGUCUUUAAGAGCUACUAUGCAAAGCCAGACAACUUCAAACCACAUACUGGCUGAAUAAGCAGAGUGUGCAGGUGCUAGAUUGGCCUGCCUGAAGUCCUGACCAUCUCCAAUUGAGAAUGUGUGGUGCAUUAUGAAGCGCACAAUAUGGCAACAAAGACCCCAUACAGUUGUGCAGCUGAAGACCUGCAUAAUGGAUGAAUGGGGAAAAUUCCACUUUUUAAACUUAACAAACUUGUGUCUUCAGUGCCUAAAUGCUUAUUUAACACUUAAAUAAGUGUUAUUAGAAGAAACGGUGAUGUUUCACAGUGGUAAACACUCGACUGUCCCAACUUUUUUGGAGCGUGUUGCAAUCACCUGAUUUGAAAUUACUGUACAUUUAAAACAAAACAAUGAAAUUCACAGGGUAAAACAUCAUAUAAUGUGUAGUUGUAGAGCUUUCAAUAUAGCAAAUGGUUAAUAUAAUUUACAAAUCACUUCUUUUAGUUUUUAUUAGCAUUUCUCAUACGGUCCCAACUUUUUCAGUAUUGGGGUUUGUGUGUGUGUGUGUAUACACUACCGGUCAAAAGUUUUGAAACACUCAUACUUUAUUAUAAUUUUUUUUCUUUACAUUUUGGAAUAAUAGUAAAGUCAUCAAAACUAUGGAAUAACAUAAUUGGAACUAUGGAAAUUAUGUUGUGACUAAACAAAAUCCAAAAUAAAUCAAAACUGUGUUAUAUUUUAGCAUCUUCAAAGUAGUCACCCUUUGCCUAGAAUUUGCAGAAAUGUACUCUUGACAUUUUCUCAACCAACUUCUUGAGGUAUCACCCUGGGAUGCUUUUUAAACAGUAUUGAAGGAGUUCCCAUCUAUGUUGGGCACUUAUUGGCUGCUUUUCUUUAUUAUUUGGUCCGAGUCAUCAAUUUAAAAAAAGCCAUUAAAACCAUUAUUUUUAUUAAAUAUUAGUUUUAUAAUGAAAUAAAUUAAUAUGGUGGCACAAUUAUAUUUUUGUCUACAAAACUAAUUUCAAACAUUUUAAGUAUACACCUUCAGAUCAAAAGAUUUUUAAGAUCAUGAGAAACAUUUCAGUCAAGUGUUUCAAAACUUUUGACCGGUAGAGUGUAUGUGUGUGUGUAUAUAUAUAUAUAUAUAUACACACACACACACACACACACACACACAUACAUACAUACAUAAAACUGUACCAUAAUUGAGUGAUUCUCACAAAAUCUGUCAAGAAAAUUAUUAUUAAAUUGUAAUGUAUUUAUAUAUCAUAGUAGUACUCUGCUAGUACAGCCUUUAAUUUUCACUGAAUUAAAAAUACUUGUACAACAGCAGCUUUUUUACUGUAAUACAUUAAAAAAAAAGUUACGGUAAUUUGAAUCAUCAUUGAAGACAAUGGGCAUUAACUAAUUUUAAUGUAUACAACUUUAAUGUUAAAAUGUAGAAGAAAAGAAAAAGUGCAAUUAGUUUUAAUGCAAAAAAAUAAAAUAAAAAAAUUGGAAUAGUAAGUCACAUUUUUAGACGUGUUACGGUAAUGAGAAUUUGGGGUAAAAUGUGCCUGAAAAAGUGUCCUGAAUAUAUCACAAUGCUAAAACUCUUAAUGGUCCUAAAUGUAGGCUCCGUUUUUUUAUUAUUUUUUUUUUUUAUUGGUUUAGGGUUGAGUAUGACCAGGAAAUUUUCUUAAGAGGUUUAAUGAGAAUCACUCAAUUAUACAAAGUACUAUUUGGAUUUUUUUGUUUUUAUCUCAGUAUGUUCCUCUUUGCAACUUCUCUGUAAAGUUUUAUUGAAUUGUUUUUAUAUAUUCCAUAAUGCAGAAAAUAUUUUGUACCUGAGCAUUGAUUUAUCUAUGAAUGUAGUGUGCUCAAAUGCAGACCACUUUUUAGCCAACAGUGGAAAUGCUCAAACAUUUAAUGCAAAAUCAGAGAGCCAAAACAAACAAGGUUAUAAUAUUCCUAUAAGGAGUGCUGUUGUUCUGUUAAUAUUUGUAUAUACUUGUUACAUAUUAACAUAUGAAAUGUAUAUUAACGUAUGAAAUAUAUAAUGGGUCAGGGUUUUCUUAGGGAAUAUGGCAGGAAAAUGUUUUCUUUUACUCAGCUGCUGCUGCUGCUUGUAAAGUGGCCCAUAUAAUAGACUCUCCUAUGUGCAGAUAUUUUUACAAUGCAACACUUGAACAACCUGAACUUUCAAACAGCAGGCAUACUGUAGGUAUGUCUUGUCUAUGAUAUUUAUGGAAAUAAAGGGUUAUAUUAAACAUC